AUGGGCCUUGGAAACCUCAGCAAGAUGACCAAUUCAUCCAAACCGGUCAAUUCCAAUGAGCACAAUGUAUACUUUGGCACCGACUCCCUCAAGAAAUACUUCGACCCGGAUUGUCAGCCCCCGCUGCCAUUAGUGGAGCUGCCGCCGCACCUGAAUCCCUUCUAUGAGGAUGGCGUGCGGGUAUAUGCCAAGAUGAUGACCAUGCACCCUGCAAACAAUGUCAAAGCAAUGCCAGCAUUAAACAUGCUCGAAGCCAGCGUCGAGCCCAACCGCACCGACACCGUGAUAGAAUACAGCUCCGGAUCCACGGUGAUCUCGAUGUCAAUGAUCGCACGCGUCAUGCACGGGGUGCGCGACACGCGCGCCUUCCUGAGCAACAAAACCAGCGACGCCAAGCUGAAGCUGAUGCAGUUCUUCGGGCUGGACAUCACGCUGUUCGGCGGGCCGUCGCAGCCCGAGCCGGUCGACGAACGGGGCGGCAUCCAAAGCGCACGCCGCAUGGCGCUCGAGUCUGAGCGCAUCGCCAACCCCAACCAGUACGAGAACGACCGCAACUGGCAGUCCCAUAUCCGCUGGACGGGGCCCCAGAUCUUUAAGCAACUGCCGCAGAUCAACGUGCUCUGCGCCGGUAUGGGGACCUCGGGUACGAUGACGGGGUUGGGCACAUAUUUCAAGGGUGUUAAGCCGUCUGUUUUGAGACUUGGGGUUUGCACGGCCCCCGGGGACCGCGUACCCGGUCCGCGCUCGUUUGCGCUGAUGCGGCCCGUAGAGUUUCCGUGGAAAGAGGCCGUGGAUGUGAUUGAGGAGGUUGGCUCCGCGCACUCGUACACUCUGUCUUUGAACCUGUGCCGCGAGGGUCUCGUCUGUGGACCCUCAUCUGGGUUCAAUCUUCAAGGCUUGUUCCAGAUGCUGGGCAAGCGCAAGGCCGCGGGCUCGUUGCCGGAGCUGGCGGGGUCGGAUGGCAUGACGCACUGUGUGUUUUUGUGCUGCGACCUGCCAUAUCAGUAUAUUGGCGAGUACUUUCAGAAGCUUGGGCCGGAGCAGUUCCCCCCAUCCGAAACGAGCUGGGAGCGGGACGCGCUGGAGGUACUCCCGCAAUUCUACGGAUCGCCGCGAUCCCUCGAACAAUGCCUGCUGAGUGAGAUCGCGCUCAAGCCGCAGACUCGCGUGCUGGACCUACGCAAGCCGGCCGAUUUCACCGUGUGGCAUCUCCCCGACGCCGUCAACCUGCCGCUGGCCAGCCUGGGCCCGCACAGCGUGUCUCCGUUUUCAGACCCGGAGGUGCUGGAGGCGCAGUGGGUGGAGCUGGAGCGGAUCUUCACGGACGGCGGGCUGGGGUUGCAGCUGGGGACAGGAACACACGUUCUUGUGGUGUGCUAUGAUGGAGACACGGCCCGCGUGGCGACCAGCGUGCUGCGCGCCAAGGGGCUUGAAGCAGACAGUAUACGUGGCGGGCACCGCGCGCUCCGUAUGUAUGGCAUCGGAAACGAUAACCCUGUGGCUGCGCCUAAAGUGCCCGUGGCGACUACUGUGUCCAUCUCGGCGGUGCCCCUGGAAUAA